AUGAAGGCAAACGUUGACGCGCCAUACUACCAUAUGCGCUCCGGCCAGUUCGUCACGACGUCCAACAGCGCAAACGCUGCGCCGCCCCGAUUCGUGUCCGACGAGGAUGAAUAUGACUUGUCCGGUCCCGCUGCUGUCGCAUCGCCGCUCGAACAUCAACUCAAUCCACACCUGUACUCCGAACCCACUGCUCGUCAGAUGUCAGACGAACACAUACUGGAGGAAAACCAUAACCUUGUCGAGCUUCUGGAGGCUGCGACCGCCGCGGGUCAGGUAGCGUAUAGUAUGGACACUGGACAUGCUGUGACAGGGAAUCUUACAUCACGCGACAGAAGUAGGAGAAAGAGAGGUGCCAGUACCCCAACUGAAGAUACUUCGCACCAAGCUGAUGGGCUUGUUCACCUGAAGCGACGUAGAACUGGUGGACCUACUGAUCCUCAACUUCAGGACCAUGGCCAAGAUAUACAUGGCGACUGUGCUGGUGAAACUGUACCGCCUUCCAGCGAGUCUCUAUUGAACGAUGCUCGUGCCGCAGGCGUACACUCCGCCGCUGCCCUCUUCCGUCGUUCCUCUGAAAGAACAUCCCGGAAGUACACACGCCCUCCAAUGUCAAAGCUAUUCAUGUCCCUCCAGCUCAGCCCAGAAAAUUUUCUUCAAUUGCAGGCUUUAGCAAAAGUCUACAUGCUCGACACAUCGCAUCCAGAACGGCAGAAUUGCGUAGGUAACCGUGGUAAAGGUGAUACCGACAUGGUCAAGUUACGGCUGUUCAAUUGUGUUCGCGACUUCUUAAACGACGGAGUCGGCGAACAGUUCUUUGGCGAAGACGUUGAGAAGCCAGGCGAGAAGGACGCAAUCGAAGCUGCCCGCGCACUAGGGGAGGACAAGACCCCUGAUCCGGCUGAGAGAUUGACAUGGCCAAGAGAUGGCAACAAGAUUAUCAGUCUGGUUACCCCGUUAAUGCGACGCAUGGUCACCAACGAGCGGCAGCGACAGUACGCGAUCGAAACCAGGAAGGGUGGCACAAAGAAAAAAGACAAAGAAGGUAGUGUCGAAGCUGUGACUCAGCAAGGAGAGGACGAUACAGGGCAUGGAGUCGAGCAGCAACCGCGAGCAGUCUUCGAUCGUAACCUUGUUCAUCAUCCGCAUUCGUCACGGUCGAUUGUCUCGUCGACCUCGAUUCCGACGACAACUAUUCAGGACUUCUUCCCUCCAAAACCGGAAGCAACCUUAGAUACUAGAGAAAGUGUGGACUCUAUACAAUCAAGUGCAAAGUUGCCCACAAACAGUCCCACAGAACCAAAUCUCUCUCAUAUCAACAUCUUCCUUGUGCUCCCCUCGUCAGGAAGUAGACCGGGUAACAAGCUCGACGAGAAGCGCAUCACAGCUGAAGCACAAGCACACUUGGCGUGGUAUGACUACAACGACUUCAUGAGAGAGACAGUCAUUCUGCUCAAAGCAGCCAAACACAAGUACCCUGAAUUAAAGACGGAAAAUGUAUUUCAGGGCGUUGAGCCUGGAACAGACAAUCUUCGCGGACUUGCUGCUGCUGCCAACGCGCUACAGACGGAGCAUACUCAGCAUGAAGCACUUCCAUCGACUGCUUGUCUCUCUCAGCAUUCGUCAGCAGACGGCCCCCACUCUGUUCUUCCGAACCCGAUUUCGACUCUCAACAAUUAUCCCAUCUUCCCAAACGACAGCCAUCAGGAAACCAGGUCUCUUCCCCGCUACACCAUCAAGUCUAUUGGUCCUCAGGGAUGGCGCGAUGUUCGCAACGCUGAUGACUGGUAUAGCGUUCUGAGGGAGAAGGCUUUCGCUGUGUGGGCUGAUGGUGUGUGUAAUGUGCUUGUCGAACUCGUCGACUUUGCUGGCGUGGCGGGAUAA